UUAAUAUUUUCAUUUUCCCGUUAUAGAAAGCGUACAGCACGUACGGAACAAAACAACAGCAUGUGGUGGCCUUUCUGGAGAAAAGGGGGUUCUGCAUUUUCAUCUUCUUCCACUGCUGAUGAAGUUACAGAAGGAAUCGAUGGCACUGGCCUCACUGCUAUUGUUACUGGGGCUACCAGUGGUAUUGGUGCUGAGACUACUCGUGUACUUGCCAUGCGUGGAGUUCAUGUAAUUAUGGGUGUGAGAAAUAUGAAUGCCGCAAAAGAUGUUAAAGGAGCAAUACUUAAGGAGAUUCCUGCUGCUAAAGUUGAUGCUAUGGAAUUAGAUCUUAGUUCAAUGGCAUCUGUUCGAAAAUUUGCAUCAGAGUUUAUUUCAUCUGGUCUUCCAUUAAACAUUCUCAUAAACAAUGCAGGAGUUUUUGGAACCCCUUUCACACUGUCUACAGACGCCAUUGAACUACAAUUUGCCACAAAUCAUAUGGGUCAUUUCCUAUUAACAAAUCUGUUGUUAGAUACUAUGAAGAAAACAACACAAGAAAGCAAGAAACAAGGAAGAAUUGUUAAUAUCUCUUCAAUACUUCAUCAGUUAACAUUUCGUGGAGGAAUCCCUUUUGAUAAAAUUAAUGACCCAUCAAGUUACCACAAUUGGCUUGCAUAUGGACAAUCAAAGCUUGCUAACAUUUUACAUGCCAAUGAACUUGCCAGACGUCUUAAGCAAGAUGGGGUAGAUAUUACGGCUAAUUCUCUUCAUCCGGGAGCUAUUGUCACCAAUAUUUUUCGUCACACUAGUGUACUGGCUGGUAUAAUUAAUACGCUGGGUAGAUUUGUGUUUAAAAAUGUCCAACAGGGAGCUGCAACAACAUGCUAUGUAGCAUUGCAUCCACAAGUGAGGGAAAUCAGUGGCAAAUAUUUUUCAGAUUGUAAUAUUGCCCCAACAAUCUCAAAGGGAAGGGACAUUGAUUUGGCCAAGAAGCUUUGGGAUUUUAGCUUGAAUUUGAUUGAGUAAAAUACCCAAGUAGUAUGUUGAAUAGGUUGGACCUUUCAAAUAAUUAAUGAAUUCAAAAUGUUGAAGAGUGGCCAGUUAAGGGUCUGCUUGGAUGUAAGUUUCUCUAAAAGUCCUUCUAGAAGAAGAAAA